AUGACGAUAACAACGUAUCCCUCGUUAUCUCCAAGUAGCGACUCCGACCUCGCUGUCCUCAGUCUCUCCCGUCUCUUCGCCCGUCUGGAACAUAAUCUCAUCUCGUCGGCCGCGGACCUUUCUUCGCUCCGUCAGUCAGAAUAUCAGCGACUGAGGGUUGGUGCGAAUCUUGAAUACGCCCGCACCCACCUCCAAUCUCUUGAGCGCAGCAUCCCACACCUCAAACCGCUGGAUCGACGCCACGACCUCCAGACCGAACUAUCGCGGAACCGACAGACGCUGAAACGUCUACAGAAUAUUCUGGAGGAGAUCAAUGCCGAGGCGGACGUGCGGGCCACUGUUCACCCUCUACAGCAAGAGACGGACGACUACGAUGACGUUGAGUCUUUAUCCCUCGAUGGGGAGGGUCUCCUCGGUACGCCUGCGGAGAGUAGCACGGGAGAGGAGCGACGGGAAGAAGGAAGAGAAGAAGAGGAUGUGGAGGAGGGGAGAGCUGGACUAAAUGUGUCAUCGAUAGCACCCAUGUUGACUAAUACAUCUCCGCCCUCAACAACAGGUCCCGAAUCGACAGCACCUUCGCCCCCAGCUACGUUACGGAACCGUCAUACCGGCACGGACCGCGAAUCAACUGCGACAGCAACAGCAACAGCAAUAGCAACCGGAUCGGAGCAUAUGUCUUCCCCGAGUGGCUCCAAAGUUCGAGAAACCGAGCAGACGUUGUCGACACAUCGCGCUGAGCAAGAAGAUCUGACCAGCUCGCUGUUGUCACUGGCUAGCCAGCUGAAAUCCUCCUCGCAGGCGUUUCAAGCGUCUCUGGAGUCGGAGAAGUCAGUUUUGGCGCGGGCGGUGGACGGACUGGAUCGCACCACGGCCAAUAUGGAGGCGGCGGAACGGAGGAUGGGCAUGCUACGGCGUAUGACGGAGGGGAAAGGAUGGUGGGGGCGGAUGAUACUGUUUACAUGGAUUCUAGGCUUGUGGCUUGUAGCGGUGCUCAUUGUGUUCCUGGGACCCAAGCUGAGAUUCUAG